GAUAUUAUUAAGCUCUUUACAAAGCAAUGGAUCACGCGCAGUAGAUGCAUGACUGCCUUUCUUUACAGAUGACCUGGGGACAACUGACUCAGAUCUCAUCGUUACAGUCGAACUGCAGGACCUUCAACAUGCUGGACGUGGCUGUCACCUCGUACAGAUGGACAUUAUUCCUCGUGGCACUACUCCACACGGCCUCGGGGUACGGCAGCUACCGAGAUAAAAUACCCAACGGCCACAAUGUCCCCAGCCCCUGCAAAGCCGGGGAGAAGUGGAUAGGGGUGGGGCACAAACUGGCGACAGGGGGCGGGGCCAGGAACACCUUCGGACAGGAUUUUGCAGACAGCGGCAGGAUAUGGACAAGAGCGUUGUGUGAGAAGGAUUCCGAUGGUGACGGAUUGACCAACGGUCAAGAACUGGGUGACUCCAACUGCACAUGGUCCGAGGGAAUGACUAACCCCUCGGGUUCAUCGCUGUCCCAUCCAGGUGUGUGUGACCCUUGGAACGACCCCAAGUGUCUGGCCAGAGAUGAGAGCUGGGUACUGACGGCCUGUCAGGAUUCGGACUUCACGUGCAACGGCAUCAAUGACGUCAACGUGAGGAAAAUGGAUCUGACGUUACCCCGGACUGCUGUGCCUUCAGCAGAAACUACCUAUAUGUGUCAGAUCUUCUCCAUCCCCAACGACACCGACUACCACAUCAUUGCCAGCAAACCCAUCCUCGACAACGUCAACAUCAUGCACCACGCAGUAAUCUUCGGCUGCACUGAAGACGAGGCUGCAACUCCCGUCCCCUUUGUUUGCGGUAUGCUUCCUGGCGGUAGUUGUAAAGCCGUCGUGAGCAUCUGGACACUGGGCAGCUCUGGUGAUUGUGUACACGAGACAGUGGGAUUCAGGUUUGGGGUGAACGGCUUUAAGAAGUUAGCUGUUCAGGUGCACUGGAACAAUCCCGAGAAGAGGACUGACUAUUUCGACCAAUCAGGAAUGACGAUCUACUACACCCCGAACCUGCGUACUUACGAUGCUGGUAUCCUGACCACUGGUCAAGAGAGCCUGCUUAUCCCACCUGGAGAAACCAGUGUGAAGACCCUGGCUACUCUCCCCGGCGUCUGUACCAACAGUUCCUUCAGAGGGACAAUAACCGUAACAGCAGCCCUGAACCACAUGCAUUACCUAGGUAUAUCAAUGUCUCUGGAGCUGUACAGGAAUGGCGUCAAAGUCCGAGAUGUAGCAGCUGACCCGCAAUACAACUAUGACAACCCAAUAUUUCACAAAUUUAGUGAGCCUAUUGAGAUCCUACCUGGAGACGAGCUGAGGACGCGGUGUGAGUUCGCGUCUACCAAGAAGUUGACGACAACAACAUUUGGCGACGCGACGUCCGACGAGAUGUGCUACAGCUUCAUCACCUACUACCCUCAACAAAACUCCAGGAGGUUAUUCUUCACCAACUACAAGAGCAUUCCUUAUUGCCAACUUUACAUGGAGGAUACGUAUGAAGGUUGCCCGUGGCGGUCGGUAAUGUCUGACCCACAAAUACUGGAGCUCUUUGGCCUCGUAGACAGAAGCUGUAACCUGUUCCAGAAGUGUUCGCCGGCAUGUUACAACGCCACUCAGACUGCAAAGCAGCACAGGUGUCUCCAGGGUGACAUAUGGGGGUAUCUGACGAGAAGGCUUGAUGAGACUACGGUCAGGUUUCUGAUGAAGCUGCGGUCUUGUGAUUGUGAAGACGCUGCGCCCUCUUCAGCACCCCCCACAGCCCCCGUCACGGUCCCCAAGCCUAACAACAGCACCUGUGACUGGGCCGGCUUGUACGUCCAAUCUGUUGGAAACCCACUCGACACCCUCUUCAUCAACAUCAUUGGCAGCUGUUUUGCUACGGGAGACUGUCUCAAGGAGUGCGUCCCUGCUGUCAAGGCUGCGAGGGAGCACCCCUGUUUCCAGGGGGCGGAGUGGGAAUAUGGACGACGAUAUCUCCUUCAAAAUUCUAACGACAAAACUCUGGAGUUUCUCUUGGACUUUGAAUCCUGCGACUGCGAAAUACUUGCUGCACCGUCUACUACACCAGAAACUACACCAGCAACUACACCUUCCACUGCACCUGCAGCUACACCGUCUACUACACCAGCAACUACACCUUCCACUGCACCUGCAACUACACCGUCUACUACACCAGCAACUACACCUUCCACUGCACCUGCAACUACACCGUCUACUACACCGUCUACUACCCCUUCCACUGCACCUGCAACUACGUCUGCUACUACACGUACAACGACUAAACUUGAUGCUACACCUCCUACAACGGGUGCACAUUCAUUUCAGUACAGUUAUAGUUCCCUUCUUCUGAUAACUGUCAUUUCCUUCUUCAGUGUUCUAGUUUCUUAGAUAAACUUGAUAACACGAUCCAGGCAAUAGGUAAAUAUAUCACCUAGCAGGAACUUUGUGAUAUCAUGACACAUCACCUCAUACCUUGCCUGUUUUACUGAUGCCAGGGUGUAAUUGGACUUAAGCAUAACUAUUGCAGCUGGUGACUUUGUUUCAUUUGAUUAAAACUUAUUAUAUUUUGUCCGGAAGUUGUAAAUGUAUGUUAAGAAUGUAAAUUUUAGCUUUGUUUACUUUACAUGUGGAAUUUUACCCAUUGCCGUAGCAACUAGACGUUUUAACAAGCCAAGAACCCAUGUUCUUGACAGAAUUUAUCCACAAUAUUUUAAGCAGUAUACAUAAUGAAAGUAUUAUGGAAGUUAAUCGAGUUGCAUUUUUAAAUAUCGUGUUUUUAUGAAGAUUUAAGAUAUGCACUUUUUAAGUAUUGUAUGUUGAUAAAUAACACCUUUACAAGUCAAACUGAUUUAAACAAAUGUUUAAGUCAGGAAAUAUACACAUCUUACUAUCAACGAAAAUAAUGAUUUAAUCCAUACACAUUAUUUGAACUCGGUAUAUUACCUAUAAAAGUGUUUUGUACAGAAUACGAACAGUAUUUUCACCUGUAUUGUCUGAGCGUGUUACUAGAGCCCUGUGGUUAAAGCUUCCGCUCGUCUCGCCGAAGACCCAGGUUCGAUUCCCCACAUGGAUACAAUGUGUGAAGCCAAUUUCUGGUGUCCCCCGCCGUGAUAUUGACGGAAUAUUGCUAAAAGCGGCGUUAAAUUAAACUCACUCACGCACUCACUCACUACUUUGUUAGUGGAAGUUAUGUUAUGUAUCAAAAUAUUUGUAUCUACGCAGAUGUGACAUGACGCAUAAAAAACAACCUUUUUCUCUCACACUAAGUAUUUUACCUUUAUGUUGUAUAUAAUUAUGUUGUCAUAUAACAAUCAUUAAACAUGUUCCUGUCU